AGAUUCCACACAGAGAAAUUGACGUGUCGCAAGGCAAAACGGGAGACGGGAAAGUCAGUGGUGAAAAAAUCAACAAAAGUGAAAAUUUUGUGCAACACUCUGGCCUGAAUUAUCACAACGGUGAUGUGAUUUGCGGUGCCCGGAAAAGCACCCCGAAGCGCAGGAGCCCGAAUCGUAUGGAGUAUGAGUUGGUUCGACACGACGGGCAUUGCCAAUCUGGCUAAAACUGCUCUCAAGGAGGCCCAGAAGCAAAUAGAUAAGGCGCUGGACAUCAAAGAGGAAGAGGGUGAGGAGGGAGGUGUCGAGAGUCGUUCCGGGGCGAUAGCAUCCGCUCGUGGUGGUAGCAAGACAGAACCAUGUACUCCAGUGAGCACGGAAGCGAAGGGCGGUGGCAAUGUCGGGAAGGGUCAGGUCGACAGUAUCUGGGGUUCGUUCACGGGGUCCUUUUUCGAGCAACCGAUAACAACGGCUAACGUAACGGUGACGAAAGCUCCGUCGAGCUUGAAGCGCAAAAGUUUCGAAGAUUCCGGCAUGGCCGAGGUUCCCAAGUGUAGCUUCAAGGAGGAUCCGGCGACGAGUGGUUCACCGGAGAAUAGCUCCGAAUCGAUCGAACUGUUGAGUCCAGUGACGACACCAGGCUCGGCGCUAACUUCCCCCAGCUCGGGCCUAACGGUUCAGGAAUCGGAAUCGGUGGAAAUUAUGAAGGUUCUGGGAACGCCAUCGAGCAUUUCCUCGCCGGAGUCGAUUACGACGAUGGACCAAAGCCCGAUCGAGACCGAUGGGGCGAGGUUUAUGCCCGCAGAUUUGGAAGACGAUGACAUCAGCGUGGAGGAGGAUUCGAUGUCUUAUACUCUAUCGGAGCAACCGAUCACAGUGAUGGAGACGAGUGAUACCAGUGGGGCUCCGGUGGUCACGGUGGCUCCCAGCAGGAGUAGCCUUCAUUUGAGUUUGGAAAAAACAUCGACCACAGCACGACAGAUGACGUUCUCAGAGAUGUCCGUCUGUGACACGGAGGAUUCCAAUGAUUCCGAAGCGACGGUCACUUCUGUCGACAAGCAAAGCAAACUGUCGGAUGAUCAAAUGGAGAAAUCGUACGAAAAUGUUGAGAUCCAAACACAAAUCUCGGAUUCUACCCACAGUUUUGAGGAGAUUCAAGCCGUACACAUCCCGUUGCCGAUGGAUUCGAAGCAGCAUGAAGCCUCCUCUUCGCAUAAUUCCGGGGACGAGAUCGAGACGGCUACCUCGUCCGAUAUAGAGGUAAUAUCAAGCCCAAAUGGGGAUUCGAGUAGCACCCAUAGCGGGGCCUAUCGGGCGAGUCCGUUGAAAAUUCCGGACGGCAAGAGUAAUAUCGAUAUUAUGAUGAUCAAGAAGCGUGGCCACAACCGGGAGCCAUCGGAGGUUUCGCUGCAGAGUGGGAACAGUGACGAUGUCAGCGAGACGGAGCGCCUGUUGCGUCGAAUAACGGAAGUUUCCGAGAUUCUCGAGCAGCGUGAGUAUCGGCUGCUGGAACUAGGCCGGCAGAAUGCCGAAUUGCACGAGCAGAACUGUUUGUUGAACGCCCAGCUGGAGUCGAAACAAAAGCGAGCCGACAGCAGCGAAUCGGAGGAAUACACCCAACGACUUUCGGCACUGGAGAAAAAGUUCCAACAGUCCAUACGAGAGCGGGAGGCUCUCAAGCGGCAGAUGGAUGCCGCGCGGAUUGAGGCGCAGGGAAAAAUAAGUCGCACCGAGCUAGCGAAGGUCGUCGCGGAAAAAGACUGUAUGAUAGAAGAGCUGAAGAAGGAGGGCGAGAAUUUGUCCAAGCAGGUCCUCAACCAUUCCAACAUUACGAAAAAGCUUCGCUUGAAGGAAAGAGAGAACGAAGCGCAGAUUAAAAAGCUGAAAGAAGACAUCGAUGAUCUGACGGACGAAACCGAGCGGCUGAAGCGUUCGUUGUCAGCGAAGGAGGAAGUGGAACGGUCUCAGAUCGAUGCGGUUCACAAGUUGUCCUCGGAAAAGAAGAAGCUGGAGAAGGAAAAAGGUUCACUGAAGAGUCAGUUGGAAGACCAGACGCAAAAAUUCGAAACCCUGAGGAAUAGCUUUGAUUUUGCGAAGAAAGAACUAAGCGAAAAGACAGAAGCUUACCAGGAGCUAGUGAGGAAGUCCUCAUUGCUGGCCAGUAUGGAAUCCGAGCACAGCCACAUCCAGCGAGUGAACGAGCAGCUCGGUUCCGAGCUGGAAGAUUUGCGGGAGAAACUGCGACAAGCUGAAGCGGAAUGCGCCCAACGAAUUCAGAGACUGAAAAACGAAAAUAGCGAGCUUCUGCAGCGCGUUGAGGAGGUGGAAACACGUGCCGAGGAGGAGAAAAACGCCACCGCCAUGGUCACCGUUCCCUUGAUGAAGCAAAUCGAAUCGCUGCAAAAUGCACUGCGAAAUAAGGAGCGGCUGUGGGAGCAACGGGAGGCGGAUAGCUCCCGCAAACUGGAUGACGCGUUGGAAAAAUCCAAAGUCUCCGGUGAUAACGAGCGCGGUUUGAAGGAGCAAAUAUUCUCCCUCAACGGUCGCAUUUCCAAUCUAGAAGAACGCCUGACCGGUGCCCUCUUCAGAUCCGAGGAGUUGACGAACAAUCUCCAGCAGAAGCAAAUCGAGAUGAAUCUGCUCGAGAGCGAUUACAAAGCUAAACUGAAAAUCGCGGAAGACGAUCGAAAAAGCUUCAAAUGUAGACUGAGUGAAUUGGAAGCGGUGACCGCGGAUCAGGACCGCAAACUUCUUCAGAAAAACGAACAACUGGAGUCUCUCAGACAGCAUCAACAGCAGCAACAGCAGCAUACGGGACACCACAAGCAGGAAACUGCCACGAUGGGCAACCGGCAGUCUCCUCCUUCGCCAUCCUCGCAAGGUAUGCUGGGGGAAUCCCGGACAUCAUCUCCAACGCCCAGUAUGGGCAAUCUUUCCUUGCCCGAAUCGAUCGGUAGCAUUCCCUGGAACCAGGUGGACGACGAGAUGGGUUCCGUCAGCGGUCGGCAAACCAUUGGCGGUGCGCCGCUGCUCCACACGACUUCGCUGCUGGAGAACCUGCAAGCCACGCUCAAGCAGCGAGACGGUGAAGUCUAUCAGCUGCAGUGGGAACAGUCCCGAUUCCAGCAGGAACGAAACGUACUGAAUGCGGAAAUUUCCAACCUGACGGUGGAGCUGGAAAAUCUCCGCGAGAAGGCUGAUCGCUGCGAGAAGCUCGAGGAAGAAUUCGCCCAGCUGCAGGAACGCUACGAUGCACUGCUCCAGCUGUACGGGGAGGCCGUGGAGAAAACGGAGGAACUCAAGCUGGACCUGGUGGAUGUGAAGGAGAUGUACAAGCUGCAGAUUGACGAUCUGCUAUUGCAGGUCGCCGAAGGGAGUAAGUUAUAGUCGGUUCAAACUGUGACCGUUUUGGUGUUCUUCUGUGAACGAAAGAGAGGUGCAACGAUCGAUGUGAUGUGCGUUGAUGUUCGUUCGUUUCACAGGCUGCGGCAGCGCGUGUUGCCGCUACUAUUCGCGUAGUUAUGUUUCCCCUGGGGAUACCGUAGUUCUGCUUGUCAGGUUUAUUUGUGCAGCGAAUACAGCGCAGCAAUUGUAAAUAUCGAAGUGCUACUUUUUGGAAAUCAAAACGUGUUAGGUGCGUCACAGCUGGGUAACUUUUCUUGAUAUCAUACCGAGACAUAAGUUCGCUUUUACUCACGGUAGAAAGUAGAUUGCGGGGAGUAGUUACUACGAUCGGCAUAUCCGCCAAGACUUUGGCUUGGCUAUAUCAGUGGACUUGGGGCAGUUAGGUGGAAUAGCAGUUUUUAAGAAUCAGAAGGGAAAGAUUUAUUAGUCGGAGUGUCGUACGUCACGGUAAGUUAUUGUAUCUUCGUGUUGGCGAAACGCUAUAAUUUAUAAUAAUCACAUAAAGCAAACGAGAGGAACAAUGAUUAACUAUAGUGUUCGCGUUGUAAGCACAUACGUUUUCGAACUUUUAAGUAAAGAUUAAUAUAUUUAUCCUCAAUAAA